GACACUAGCAGGAUCGGAGUGUAACCAAUACUGCAACACAUACACCCGUUAUACAGGCGUGACGCUACAGUAUUGAAGAGCUGAGCUCAGGGAGUAAGCUUUUUAAUAACCCGUUCCAUUUCGCCAUCCGGAGAUGUCCCAACUGCAAGAAGCCACCGAGACUCUGCAUUAUUCCGUGGGCAUCCUAGCUACAUGUGCAGGUGCGCUAUUGUUGGCUGUGGAUCGCUACAGCACAGCGCCGUUGAUUCAUAACACGGCUCUCGGAAUUUUGUUACUUAUCGUGGCGGUUCUGGUCGGAUAUACAGGCAUAAGGAAGAAUGCAAGUCAUGCUGUGUUAUUUGUGAACUUGUGUCUGACAGUCUCAGCUCUCUGGUGUGGAACUGGUCUUAUUCGCAUAUUGAUUGGGGAGAAAGUCAUCCAAGAUAAUGGGAUCAGGAAUGCACUAGUCCCUGGUUAUUCAGCUUUCACCUUGGGGCUCUUCAUCAUUGGGGUGAUAGGAUUAAUUCAAAAGGAAAUUAUCCUUGCUAUGAUUGCUUUUGCCAUCUCUCUCGCUACUGCCCAUGAAAUUGCUGCAUUAUAUGAUCAAUCUUUUGGGCAUUCUGCCAUAGCUUUAAGUUAUUUAAUUGUUUUCUUUAUAGGGCUUUAUUUUGGGCUAGGGCGAGUUUCUGUAUCCUUAAGUAAAGGAAAAAUCAUUUUCCCAGGGACAUGUCUGCAUAAGAUUGAUACCUAUCUAAAACCAGAAACAAUUAAAAAUGAUGUAGUUGUUCUAGGCUACAUCACAAAUAUGCUAUCUGCCAGUGUGUUAGGAUGUCAGGUUUUGGGUGUAACUACCAAUCUGUUUGUUGGCCAAGUCCCCUGGCUAUGGACAGCAGCAGUAUAUCAAAUUGUUGGCAGUGUUUUGUCUUAUAGAGCCAUUGACAGCCUGACUGCUACUUUCUUUGGUUUAACCUCAAUAUUAAAAUUUGCUGAAGGUUAUGCUUUUCUUUACAAGCUUUGGCAAGACAAUCAACUCUUCUUCCCAGUUCCAGCUCCUACCGUUCUUGCAGUGUUGUUUUUCAUUCUGGCUCUGUUUAUGGCUAGUAAAAGUCUAGCUGAUGGAAUUUAUGUACUGUUUUUUGUUUCCUAUUGUAUAUCAGUGGCAGCUCACCCAACUGGUUUCUUUCAUGGUGGUGCACAAGGUGUCAGUGUAGCUAUAUUUGUGGCAUCUGCUUGCUUAGCUUUCAUUUCCCUUUUCAAUAGUAUUGGAUCCAUUACUAUUCCCACUGGAAAGGGGAUCAUAAAGGGUUUUCUCAUUAGGAUGAAUGCAUUAACACCAAAGUCAGAUAACGACACCCACAAUCCUUAUUUGGGAUAUUCCAAAUACUCAGAUGCUGAAAUUCUAGCUCAUGCCUGUAACGUUGUAGCUGCUUUCGCUAUCACUAUAUCAGUCAAUACUUCUACACCUUUAGCCACUGUUGUCCUACCCUGGAUUAUCAUUCCUGGAGGACUUCUUCAGCUUAUAUGUGGUUCAAUUUCUUUUUCUCGUGGUAAAACCUUGGAAAGUUGUGCUUUCAUCUUGUAUGGCUUAAUAUGGAUAAUCUGGGGUUUGACCAGAUAUGGUGGCCUCUAUGGGUCUACUAGGGGGUUUGGUAUUGCAGUAGGAAUUAUUUGCUUCCUGCUUUUUAAUGGCUUUGUGGUGAUAGGGACUUUGUUUCUUAAUGCAGCGUGGUUUGCCUUUUCUCUCAGCUUUCAGCUGAUUCUGAUCAGCUUUCUUUUGGAUGCCAUUAAUUCAAAUCCUUUUGGAUAUGAUAUUGGGGUCACCAUCAUUUUUGGUUUAGUUAGCUUUUACUGCUUUCUGGCCACCCUGUUUAACCAGAGCUUUGAGAGACCUCAGUUGCCAUUGGGACGUGCCUGGGCCAGCCUCUGUGGAUUUGGACAUAGCAACUCCAUAUGCCCUCAUUUGUCUUCCAGAAAAACCAGCUCAGUCAGAAAAAUUGCAGAGAUUAUGAAAAAUGGAGGGACAUGUGGUAUUCCAACAGACACUGUGUAUGUGUUGGUGGCAGCUUGCAACCGUCCAGAUGCUGUUGAAAAGGCUUACAAUACAAAGAAACAAGCCAAAGAGAGGCCAAUGUCUUUAUGGAUUUCCAAUGUUGCCCAGCUAGAACCAGCAAAACAUCUAUUGAGUCCUCUACUCUGGGACCUAAUGCAGAAAGUUUGGCCUUCAUCCAUCAGUCUUGUCAUCCCCAGAGGAGAGUGGUUGAACUUAUUUGGACUGCAACAUGCAGAAAAAUACAUUGGAACUCCUCAGAGCAUUGCCAUAAGAAUUCCAGACUGCACUGUUACUACACACCUCAUUGAUCAGGUGGGGCCUAUAGCAGUGACAUCAGCAAACCCAACUGGAGAAGCAGACACCACUCACCACAAUCAAGUCUAUGCCAAACUUGGCAACAAGGUUGAUGCUGUAUUGUGUGAUGGUCCUUCACCAGAAAACAUUGCCUCUACAGUUGUGGAUUGCACCAAGAUAGAGACAGGAACACUGGGUUUCUUUAGAGUUGGUCUUGUGCCCAAAUCACAGGUCUUGCAAUUGUUUGAAGAAGUGAGGAAGAAACAUCUGAAGGGCCAAAGCAAUAAUGGAUUCAACGAGGAUGAAACAGAAUGUAGCACACAUCAGCAUCCAAAAGUUACAAAUGCCUACGAUAACACUAACUUCAUAAAAGAUGAUGAAGAGAGCUAGUUGUAACAUACAGUCAUACAGGGCACAAUUACUUUAAAACAAGCAUGGUCAAAAGUUAACUGGUUCAUGGAGAACAACAUUUUAAAACAACAGCUGUGACAUUCGCAAAUAAAUAUUUCACCAAUACCAGGUACUACAAUGUUCAAAUAUGUUCCAGUAAAUUCAGUCCCACAAUUAACUAAAGCAGGCAGCUCUGUUGAAUGUAGAUUUACUUCCACUGUUUGAAUGGUCAGCCAUCUCUGGAGUACAGUAAAGUUCUGUGAGGUGUUCAGUUCUUUGUCCUUGUCAGGAGAUAGACACAACUGAAAGUCAAUUUUCAGCAAGUCCAUCUGAUACAGCAAUAGUGAGGUGGCAGCAACGUUCAUUGUUUCACAGUGAAACCCCCACCUGCAUCUGGGAAGAAGUCCCAAUUGAUAGAGCUGUUAGUUGGUGCAUGCACAGCUAAACUGAGUUAACACCUUGCCAGGUGGUAGAUUUGCUCCUCUUUAACUGUAAGAUCUAUAGAAUCUGCUUGGUCAAGUGUGAGAAAGGAAAAUAACAAUGGUCUAGUUAGAAAAUCUGUUAUAUUGAAAAUGAGGUAAUUUAUUAUACGUUAGCAGCUAGUUUGUUACAAGUUACAUUGAUAUAAUAGACAUUGUUACAGAGUCAAUGAGAAGAACCUGGUUGUUGGGUCUUACUCCUCAAAAAUCCAAAGCUGUUCUCCCAACAAGUCCCAAAUGAUAUCAUCACAGCAAAUGGUACUUAGAGCACUUCUCAGUUUUAAUCUUCUCAGAUCCAUUUACAACAUCUUCCCCCAUUAUUAUAAUAAAUCUAUGGAAAUAAUUACAUUUCCCAUUGACCUAACUCUUCUCUUACUUUACAAAGUCACUCACAAAGUGAGCUAGAGAUUUCAUUAAUUUCAAGUAUAUGUUCACUUCAAACUUCUAGUUUGUGUCUCAGAAGAAUGUUGUCUUUGAGUCUGUUCCUGACAGUCAGAGGUCUGUAGGCUCCAUUAAACUGGAGAACCUGUAAUCUCUUAGAUUUCCUCUGGAUGGAUGCUUUCUGUGCUGAAACACAUAAUUGCUUCUUUGCAGUAACCUGAAUCUCCAAAACAGGCAAUUUUGAUUUCCAUGGAGUUGUAUGCACUACAUCUUCAAUCUAUGUCACCAGAUCUUUAUUCUGAAUUUAAUGUAAAUACAUGCUGAAAUAUACAGGAUCCAAAGUUCACAUGUUGAUUGCUUUGCAUAUUCACAUUCACUCUUGUCAAUGCAUUAUUGGCAAAAAUAAUAUAUUUCCUUCCCCAGUUCCUGCUAUUUAAGAAUUGCUUCUUGAUUGGAUAAUAUAUGUCACUGUUACUGAGAGUUCUUCUUGGGGAGAUAAGGAAAUGAAACAUUCCUUUUAACUUGCCUCUUCUGAGUCUCCUCAGCAUCAAACUUGAAUCUGCCACAACUACAGGUUCACCAAAUUUUGUUGCAUCAUUCAGCAAUUGACUUAAGCAUGAUAUGCUGUUCAUUGGCUACAUCAUUGUUUGUGUUUCCUUUUAAACCUUGCUGAUUUUUGCAGCACCUCUUUAGUGUUAAUAGAACAAAAAUACUACAAAGCCAUUUCCACCCAACAUAAAGUGGUGGAGGUGGUGCAAUUAUGUUUGAAAGGCAUCUGGAUGGCUUUAUGAAUAGGAAGGGUUUAGAGGGUUA